AUGUCUAAAUCGUGGGUUUUAGUCGCGUUGUUCAUUCAAUUAAUCAUCUUAAUUUUCGUGUAUCGACUGUUUAAAAAUGAUUCCGCUCAUACUGAACAAGGGAAGAUUAUUGGUGCGCAGAUGGACUCCACUCAAACGCAGGAGUUGACAAACUCAGCUUUGAGACAAAUAGAAGCCAUUGAAAUCGACUGGAGUAAAAUACCACAAAAACAGACGCCUCCGAAGGGAGAUAUGCACGACAAAUGGAUAGUUCUGACGACAAUUAAUGCGCCGACAUCAGAUGUGAAGAAGUUGGCCGGUAUUGAAGGCUGGAAGGUUGUAGUUGUAGGUGAUACGAAAACACCGGCAGACUGGAGGUACACCAUAUUUAUAUGUUUAUUUAUGGUAAUAACUCUUUGAGGGCUUUGAUAUUUUUCUGCGGAAGGAAAAUCUGCCGAAUUUAAUCAAACUAGUGAGAUUUCACGUCUUUUCUUUCAGAAGCAAACAAUAAUUUGCAUUUGUUCAGGUGUGAUAUGCCACAAGGAAUCGAAACAAAAGCUUUAGCCCCAGUGGUGCGUAACGCAGAAUUAUGGUAUAUUCUUAGAACGUCCUUGAUUUUUUAGUAAAUGAAGAAAUGAUUCGAUUCACUCUUUCUCAAGGAAAUUCGAAAGUUAGGAUUCUACUGAAGUUUUGGAUGUGACAAGAUCAAUAUCAACCCAACUUUAUAUUAUUUUGAUCGCGUGCAACACGUCAUCGCCAGAUUAGCACGAAAUUACCAUAGCGCUAUGUGAUAGUUAUUUCCCGCAUUUGGUUUUUUAAGGGCAACAAAUACUCACAAAAAAUAUACAACAGUAGCCACCGACUUAUAUUUCGUUAAUUUGCAUUAAUUAACUAGCAGGAAGAUGUACUAUUUUCCACAACACGGGCGCACGUAAACUUUGUUUCGUCUUAGAGAGAAAUCAGUGUAAAUUUUUUGCCUGUUCGACAUUCGAAAAAUCGAAUACAUGGUUUGCCAUAGUUUUAUCCACGUAAAUUGGCGCUCGAUAUCAAGCUGGAUAAAAUUUGUGAAAUGGUCGUGACAAUAAUAUGAGUCGCAGAGGAUUGUUUUGGAGAUAAAUAAACACGAAGGGAUUUGUCCUAAGGACCUGUCGCAUCAGCUUGUUACAUGGUAACACAAUUUUGUUCACAUGUAUCCAGUGAAAACGAUCACCGAAAACACAUCUUCUCUAAAAUGCAUUCCAGAGGAGAGGUUUUUAAAAGCGCCAUUUUGCUGUGCUCGUGUGGACAGUUAAAACCAUGACGGAGGUUUCUGAAAAUAUAUUCAUGAUUUAUUCGGUCGGGCCGCGCAUGAGAAAAGACUAAGCAACAUGGCGGACGGAUGCAAGCUGUUUGUUUCACUCCUAAUUUGGGCUACUUGCACUAUUUGCAAGCAUCAAGCCUUUUUUUCAGCUGCAUUUUUUAUGUCAGUUGUGCCAGGCGAUUACGUAGGAAGACGACGCAACAUAAUCACGCUUCUUUCUGCAGUGGUCUCUAAAACAGGUGGCAAAAGAUGAUCAAUUGAAAAUCGAAUACAUGGUUGCAUGCCUUUGAAUACCAACUAGUCAUCGCGAAAGACUGGAGGGAGAAUUUGCUAUCUCCAUAUUUUUUUAGCGCAAGAUAUUAGUGGGUACGCAUGCUCAUAUCAAAGGUGGUUCGGUUUUUGGUCACUGUUUCGUUGGUGUGCGAACUGGCAAGAACGAUUGAAAAACGCAAUGUGUAGACUGGCGAUUUAUUAGUCGAAGGAAAAUCCUUGUAUUAAUUCAAAAACGAAUACGUGUAGGCGGGACUUGAGAGCUAUAAACGCAGGUAACAACAAAGGUCGAGAGGGUCUGGGUAUAGGGAAGAGUUGGGAACGGUCAGAAUAAAGAGCUUGACCAUAUUUUGCUUUGUUCAUUUCUACAGCCAUCCCAAUUGCGUUUUCCUGAGUGUUGAAAAACAAAAAUCUCUGGGAUAUCGCAUCCACGACUUGCUUCCGUACAAAAGUUAUGCGCGGAAAAACAUCGGAUACCUUUAUGCCAUUCAACAUGGGGCUAAAAUUAUCUACGAAACAGAUGACGAUAACUCACCAACAAGUGGGAAAAUAACCUUUCACCAGUCAGAGCUGGGUGACUUCAACGUCUACAAGACGGAAUCGAUGGUAGUUAAUCCUUACGAACACUUUGGACAGAGUACUAUUUGGCCUAGAGGGUACCCAUUGGAACACAUAGCUGAUCCCCCGUCACACAAGUUUGUUAAAUGUCAAGGGGUGGACACAUCCAUACAGCAGGGCGUAGUAAAUGGUGACCCAGAUGUGGACGCUGUCUUUCGUCUAACAAGAAAGGACAAAGGUGUGGACUUAAAAGUAGAGUUUGCUGCUGACGCACUACCAAUUGUUCUUCCUCCAAACACGAUGGCUCCUUUUAACUCCCAAAACACGCUGUUCUUGAACAAAGCCUUGUGGGGCAUGUUGAUACCAAUCACAGUGGCAUUUCGAGUCUGUGAUAUCUGGCGUGGUUACUGGGCACAGCGGUUGCUAUGGGAUGUUGGCUCGCAGCUGUCAUUUUUCCCGCCAAAUGCUGUUCAGUUUCGAAAUGCUCACAACUAUCUUGAUGAUUUCAUAGAUGAGAAAAUGUUUUACCAUAAUGCUGGGCGUUUCGUCGAGUUCUUGAUUAAAUGGAAAUCUGACAAAAGGGAUUUCUUCAGCAGAGUUCUAGAUCUGAGCAUAGCAAUGGUUCGAGAAGGCUUCUGGGAGAUCAAGGAUGCCAUGUUAACAAAAGCAUGGUUAGAAGAUUUAGUUAGCGUUGGGUAUCACAUGCCAGCUUUAAACCCUGCUCAUCAGUCAUGCGAAAAGACGAUAGGAGCAGAAACUGAACUGCGCACGAAAGAGAAACCAUCGUCAUACCUACGCGCGGGGAGCAAACUACAAAAUUUAGAAUUAUAA